AUGGAAUACAGCGUGUCUUUCCAAGUUCAACAACAGCUAACGGUAUUCCCCACGCACACGGAAGAAUUGCAGAUGAAGGCCAGUGAGGGGCAGCGGGGCCUUUUCACGGACAGCUACUGCCGAGUCUGCAGCGCUCAGCUCAUCUCACAGUCCCAGAGAUUCGCCCACUACCAGAGCCGGAAACAUGCUAACAAAGUGCGGCUAUACAACAUGCUGCAUCCCAAAGAUGGUGGCUGCCCUGCCAAGAAACUGUGCACAGAAGGUGCCAGUGAAGACACAGAUGUGGACAGGAAUAAGUGCUGCACUCUGUGCAACAUGUCCUUCACCUCUGCGGUGGUUGCGGAGUCGCACUAUCAGGGCAAGAUCCACGCUAAGAGGCUGAGACUACUGCUGGGGGUCACACCUGAACCCACCGUCACAGAGACGCCGUCCGGCCCGGCCUCCCCCGCCCCGCCUGACGUUACCACGGUGACCUCGCCGUGGCGACAGCGGGACAGCGAGCGGUUCUGCCGCCUGUGCGGGGCCUGGUUCAAUAACCAGGGCAUGGCCCGGCAGCACUACACCGGCAAGAAGCACAGCAGGAACGCCACGCGGGCACAACUGCUCGGGCAGCUGGGAUACACGCUGGGCGUCGGGAGGACCAUGGGUGUGAAGCGCAGCCUCACGUGUGAGGUGUGCAGUGUGACACUCAACUCCGUGGCGCAGUACCACGCCCACCUACAGGGCUCCAAACACCAGAACAACGUAAAGAACCAGCUAUGA